UUCCAAGGAAAAAGGAUUGCUCUUUCCCUUUCCCUUCCCCUUUUCCGGCUCAAUCUCCCUCACCUUAACCCUUCAAAUUCCGAUUCCGAUUCUCAAAUCGAGACCCCAACAAUCACAAAAGAAUCGUCAGAAUCAAAAUCUGGGCGAGAAAUGGCUGUGCUUGGUUUGCUCUUGUCAGAUUUCUUGGUCUCCUGCAUGUGGGUCUGGUCAGGGGUUCUGAUUAAGAUGUUCGUUUUCAAGGUCUUGGGUUUCGGUCACGAACCCGCUGGGGAGGUUAUCAGAUGCUCUCUCUCUAUUCUCAACAUGUUCUUCUUCUCUUUCCUUGCUAAGAUUACCAAAGGCGGAUCUUAUAAUCCUCUUACUGUCUUGUCCUCUGCCAUUUCUGGGGAUUUCGGCCUAUUCCUUUUCACCGUUGGUGCUAGAAUCCCUGCUCAGGUUGUUGGAUCUAUCACUGGAGUUAAUCUCAUAAUCGAGACAUUUCCUGAAAUAGGUCUUGGACCACGCUUGAAAGUUGAUAUACACCGAGGUGCACUAACCGAAGGGAUUCUUACAUUUGCUAUUGUUACCAUCUCGCUCGUGCUUGCUCGAAAAAUCCCAGGAAGUUUCUUCAUGAAGACUUGGAUCUCAAGUGUCUCCAAGUUGACUCUUCAUAUACUUGGCUCCGAUCUAACCGGCGGUUGCAUGAAUCCAGCCUCUGUAAUGGGAUGGGCUUUUGCUCGUGGGGAUCAUAUAACAAAGGAGCAUAUACUGGUAUACUGGCUUGCUCCGAUAGAGGCGACUCUACUUGCUGUAUGGAUAUUUAGGUUGAUCUUUCCACAGAAAGAGGAGAAAGUGAAAAAGAAGACCAAAUCGGAAUGAAGUUCUUGUUUGUAGAAAUGUCAAAAGAGUCCAAUUUGAUUAUCCAAUUUGUGGGCAGUAGAGAGAAGACGGGCAAUGGACAUUCCCAAGAAUGGAAAGAAAUUGGUGAGCUGGGAGAGAGGAUUCACUUUCAAUUGUAUAUAAAAUCGUUUGAUUGUUGUAGUUGAAAUCAUUUUUGUAAUCUUGUUUUUAUGUGCAAUCGUCUGUGUAAUUGUGCUGCAUGCUUAUUCCUUGUAUGUUUCAUUAGGAAACUUUUUUUUUUUUAAUAUUUAUAACA